UCUCAACAAUUGUUGUUAACAAAACGUGUUCAGUGUGAAUUUAUAACUUGACCGUAGUGCAUCUCGUCUAUAUAAAACUAUACAACGCUUCGGAAACAUAAUUUUAUAAAAAAUAUAUAUAUUUAAACGUGUAUAAAAAAUGGUGUUUCUUUUAAGUUAAAACGCAAGCGCAAAAUAACUACGAAAAAUUCGUUGUGUCUAGAUAAUAAAGUUUGAUCAUUUGCUGCUGAAUACGUUUGUUGAAUAAAAAUUUAAUUUCGCUUUCUAACGCGCGCGUGGUUGCUGCUUUAUAACUUAAUAUUCGAACAAUUUUGUUAGUGGUUUGACAAUAACAACUCGCUUUAAUUCACACAAAAGAAAAUUAAUUAAAAACGGCUUCUACUUAAUUAAAAUGUUUAACUAAACUAAAAAACAUUAACUAAAAAUGGAAAAUAAUCAUAAAUUAACAAUAAACACCAGUGGCGCCGAAAAUCAUCGUGGUUCAGUGUCGUCCACUAAUUCUCUGGAAGUGCCAGCAACACCAACAAGAUCGCCCAAAAAAGUGUCAUUCUCAGAUGAUUUACCUUAUGCGACCAGUAGCAAUACGAUUACAACCAACACAAAUACUACAACUACUGUCAACAGUACAACAACAAACACCUCUACUACCACUUCUAAUCACAAUCAAGAUCAUAAUAAUGUAAAUAAUAAUAAAACUACCUCGGUUAUCAUGAAAAAUAAUACCUCAAAUAUCAAUAAUAACAGUAAUAAUGAUAUGACAACUGCUAAAGAUUAUAAUCCUUUUGAUUUUAUGCUAACACAAGCUGCUCAAUAUUUGGAAAAACUACACGCCAGCCACAACAACAGCGUGGAAUCUCUUAAACGAAACUCAAAUUCAAGUUUAAAUUCUCAGAAUAAGUUUACCAGUAGUUUAAAUAUUAAUUUAAAUCUUAAUGGAAAUGAAACGCCAGAAGAGAAAAAAUCUCCUGCAAUAUUACAUUUCACAAAGGAUCAAGUGGCAACUUCGAUAAACCACAAUAACUCACGAUCUCAAUCACCGUUUAGUAUCUCUACCCAAUCCCCUAACCAACAGACUUUCUCAACAGAAUCCAAUUCAAAUUUUUCUUCUUCCUUAAUGGCCACAACAAAUGAACCUCCCUAUAAACCACCAAGAACCGCUCUAUUAACAACUGCUGCAAGCAGUUCUAACAAUCACAAUUCAGCGAUAACAAUCUCAGCUCUCCCAUCACCACCACCCGCAACGACAACUACAAGACCUUCAUCAAAUAUGCAUGAAAUCAGUGAAGAACAAGCCGCUGCACAUGCCGGGAAAUACAUGGAACGUUCAAAUAUUAAUUUAGAUAAGAACAAAUGUAGUUACAUGGAACUGGAGGCAAGACGUGAUAAAAUUCGUUGGUCUUUAAUAUCAGAAUGCAGUGCGUCAUUGGGUGAGGGCAAACAUACCAGAGAGAAAUUUCGCACCAUGUUUCUCGAAGAGGAUUUUCAAAAAAAAUUCUUCAAUUUAUUCGAUUUGGAUGGAAAUGGUUAUUUGGUACAAGAUCGUUGGAUUGAACAUUUAAAAGGACGUUUAACCGAUGACAGACAAAUGGACUAUGCGGAACAGUUGGAAUCGGUGGCGUAUGUGCUUUGUGGUGAAAAUAGUAAAAUAACAUUUAAAAACUUUAAGGAUAUAUGGCAUACUCGAGGGAUUUUAGAUAAACUUUAUCGUCUCAUAGAUGCUGAUGGCACAAAUUCCAUUUCCACAAAUCAAAUCAUGGAAUUUAUUUCACAUUUAACCAAUUUAAGAGCACGCACUGGAUUUGAUAAAAGUUCUUUGGCACGUUUGGAGCAACUAUUUCGCAAUACUGUGGGUAAUGAAAAGGAGAUACGACGUGAAGAAUUCAAAAAAAUUGUUAUCUCAAAAAAUCCAUUUUUUACCGAACGUGUUUUUCAAAUCUUCGAUAAGGAUAAUUCGGGUUCUAUAUCACUGCAGGAAUUUAUUGAUGCCAUUAAUCAAUUCUCAGGACAAUCGGCUGAUGAUAAAAUACGUUUUCUUUUUAAGGUUUACGAUAUUGAUGGUGAUGGUCUGAUUCAACACAAGGAAUUACAUGAUGUCAUACGUGCCUGUAUGGAAGAGAACGGCAUGGAAUUCUCUGAAGAUCAAAUAGAAGAUCUUACCACUGCCAUGUUCGAAGAUGCUGAUCCCCAUAAUCGUGGUGAAAUUACCUAUGAAGCCCUUAAGAAUCAAUUACAUAAACAUGGUGGUCUAUUGGAGAAUUUAAGUAUAACUAUUGAUCGCUGGUUGGUGCCUAUGGCUCAGGAAACACCCGCCAGUAAUACCAGAGGAUCUUUCUGGCAACGUAUACCCAUACCUCAUCAAUUGACCCCAGCAUAUAUGAAAAAUAAUCAUGUUUUUGUAACAUAUUUAUUCAUCUAUAUAGCGGUCAAUGUGUGUCUAUUUGUAUCGAGAGCUAUACAAUAUAGAGCGAGUAAUAUCUUUGUUAUAUUUGCUAGAGCAUGUGGUCAAUGUUUAAACUUCAAUUGUGCCUGGAUUUUAGUGCUAAUGCUAAGACAUUCUCUCACCUAUUUACGUUCUCGUGGCCUGUCCACCUAUUUGCCGGUGGAUAAUCACAUAUAUCUGCAUAAAUUAACGGGCAUUGUGGUCUCAGUUUUAAGUUUAGUACACACUAUUAUGCAUCUCUUUAACUUUUCUCUGGUCGUGGUAAAUGAUCCCUUAAUUAAUAAGGCCAAUUAUACAAUUGCUGAAUGGUUGUUAACCGAUAGACCGGGUUUAUUUGGUUUAGUACCGGGAUGUGCCAAUCCCACCGGAAUAGCUCUUUUCAUUAUAUUACUCAUAAUGUUUAUCUGUUCGCAACCGUUUGUAAGGCGUAAAGGUUCAUUUGAGGUUUUCUAUUGGACCCAUUUAUUGUAUAUACCAUUUUGGAUAUUGGUCUUAUUUCAUGGACCGAAUUUUUGGAAAUGGUUUUUUAUACCCGGUAUUGUGUAUAUAAUUGAAAGAAUUUUACGUUAUGUUUGGAUGAGAGGAGAACAUGGCAAGACUUAUAUUAGUUCGGGUCUAUUGCUGCCUUCUAAGGUUAUACAUUUGGUGAUAAAACGGCCCUAUAACUUUAAUUUUCGUCCGGGGGACUAUGUAUUUGUAAAUAUACCGGCUAUAGCUAAUUAUGAGUGGCAUCCCUUUACCAUAAGUUCGGCUCCGGAGCAGGAGGAUUAUAUGUGGUUGCAUAUACGCACAGUGGGCGAAUGGACCAAUCGUUUAUAUCAAUAUUUCGAAAGGGAGCAACAGAAGCUACACAAUGGUGAUAUUAUAGCCCACAAACAGGCCAUACCCACCUCGAGUCUAUUGCAAAUCAAUGAGGCCAACAACAAAAAACCUUCUGCCACUCCCCAAACCGAUUUCCUGGCUCAAAAUUUAGCCAAAAUGCAACACAGCUCCAGUUUUGAUUCGUCUAUGGUAACGAAAACUUUGCAACAAUUACAAACUACGGGACCCACCAGACCACCAAGACACAACUUUUCUCCCCCGCGUCUGGCCACCGAAAGUGUAACAGCUAGAGAAACCUCAGAUAGCAAUGGCAUCAAUCGUAUACGCAGUAUUAAAAAGUCUUUACAAAGGACCUUUUCUCGCAAGGAUAAUGCUGAAGAGAAAGGCAAACAGAAACGCCAUUCAGGUCAUUCAAAUGAUGGUUAUGUAUCGGAUGAAUAUGAUUUAGAGGGAAGACUGGAACAGGGACAACGUCAGAAAUUAAAAAAACUAAUGUUAAAUAAACCGCCUUUGGAGAAAAGUGCUUCCUUGCCCGAUAUGGCCGUCAAAACCAAGAAAAGAGAAAGACAAAAAGCACUAUAUGCCUUGGGUCGUUCAGAAUCGGAGCAUUCAUUUGAUGAAACUCGUAUAAGAAGAGCAAAAAUGCAAAAUAUGGGUUCAGCCUAUUUGAGUCCUCAAAAUAAAUCGUUGGCGCAAAGUUUCCGUUAUAUGCGCAAUAAACCCACUAUAAUUGCCUUCAAAACGCCCAGUAUGGAAGAAAAUGAACCAGAAUUUUCGCAAAAUGAAAUAAAUGCAACAAACACCGAAGCCUAUACACUAGCGCAAGCCGAAGAAGGGACGAUAGCAAAAGAACAAACCAUCAUUAAUAUCCAUCACAAAGAGGAUAAACCAGAAUUUACUGUAUCGAAACCUUUGGAGGAUAAUACGCAUACAACAGCUAAUGUAAACAAUCGUGUGGGACGCUUGAGACGUCCCACAUUUUUGCGUUCAUUAUCGACCUCUAUUAGAAAUCGGGGCAGUAAUGGCAGCAUGCCCACAAAUGGCACAACUAACUCUGGUGGCAAGGUUACACUUGAUGCAGGAGUAUUAGAGAUCUUUAUUGAUGGUCCCUAUGGUGCCCCCUCCUCGCACAUAUUCAUGGCUCAACAUGCUGUUUUAAUAGGUACUGGCAUAGGUGUUACACCCUUUGCUUCGAUUUUACAAUCGAUAAUGCAUCGCUAUUGGAAGGCCCGUCACACCUGUCCCAACUGUAAUUUCGAAUGGGCUAGUGAUAUACCGAAAACGGUUAUGAAUCUGCGUAAAGUUGAUUUCUUUUGGAUUAAUCGUGAUCAGCGUUCAUUUGAAUGGUUUGUAAAUUUACUCUCACAAUUGGAAAUUGAACAGGCGGAAUUGGGUGGUGCUAUGGAAAGAUUUUUAGAUAUGCAUAUGUAUAUAACAAGUGCUUUACAGCGCACCGAUAUGAAGGCUGUUGGUCUACAAUUGGCUUUGGACUUACUACACGAAAAGGGCAAACGUGAUUUAAUUACCGGCUUAAAAACGCGCACCAAUGCCGGCAGACCAAAUUGGGAUAAAGUAUUUAAACAGCUGCAGGCUCAGAAAAAGGGCAAGGUAACAGUAUUCUAUUGUGGGCCACCACAAUUGGCUAAAACUUUACGCUAUAAAUGCGAUGAAUAUGGUUUUGCAUUCCGUAAAGAAUGUUUUUAAAGAAAAUAAUUUUAUGUAUAAAUUUAAAAUAAUAAUGAAAUUAAUUUGGCAAAAUAUUAAGGUAAAAGGGCGAAAUUAUUUUUGAAUAUAUGUUGAUAU